AUGGACUUUCAGUACUGGAGCAGAGAUCUCGGCGCCAGAGCAUUUCUAAUUCUCCAACGUCUUAAACAAUUCUAUAAGACAUUUGCCCUUCUCAAUGGUUUCAUCAGCGUUGCCAGCGCCACUGCACUCUCAAUGGAAGAAUUCCACCCUACAAGCUCCAGCCUCGCAUCUGCUUCUGAAGGUCUUCUCUGCAGCUCCAUUAUUACCGCUAUUAUCUCGGCCAUCAUGUGCAUUGUGUUACUCCUCCGGUUCGAGGGUGCGGAAAAUGUCACACAAGGCGAGCUAGCAGUGGCCUGGGCACCGCUGGUCCUACUUGAUAUUUCCGUAUUGGAAUUCCUUGUCGGACUGCUUUGCUGGUACCUAGAAAGAAACACGUCCUGGAGAGGCCUCCUUAUGGGCGUACAGUUCAUGGUGCUCACAGGGUUCUGCGUUGUCUUGUCGUUUUGCAUCUGGUCGUCGUUAAAAAUGAAGGGUGGCCUGGGUAAAGAGGAAAGGAAAACUGGUUCAAGGAACAGCAUGAGCCACAGUCCAGAGUCAUCAUCAUGA